GCCAGCACCACCCAAUCGAGCCUCCACCACCACCACAUACCGUCCCCUUUGACCGGAAUGAUUGUUUAACGGUCGGCUCCAACAGCUGAGCCGGGUAGAUCCUAUCAUUGCACAUUCUCCCACGGGGAUCUACUUUUUGCACGCCGAACAUCAACCGAAACGAAGCAUUGCAUUGUCCCAAGAUCUAUCACCACCACCACCACCACCACCACCACCACUACCGCGAUCAUGGAUAUCCACCGCUGCCGUUUCGUGCCUUACAACCCACAGGCGAUUAAUGCGCUGUCCUUCUCCCACCCGCCCUCCGCCGAACUCGCAGGUCGAGGUGUCCCUACCCUCCGCCUCGCCAUCGGUCGCGCAAAUGGCGAUAUCGAGAUCUGGAACCCCCUACGCGGCGCCUGGUUCCAGGAGACGGUACUCCGCGGAGGCAAAGAUAGAAGCAUCGAGGGACUUGUCUGGACGCUUGAUCCCCCUGAGCCCGGUCCCGAUGGCUCCAAGUUGCCCGGCCGUCUGCGCCUGUUCAGCAUCGGAUACUCGACUGCCGUGACGGAGUGGGAUCUGGAACAGGGUCGUCCCCUACGCCACUCGAGUGGAAACUAUGGCGAGAUCUGGUGUCUGGCUGCUCAGCCGAGGUGGCAGGCGACGCGCGGGAAGGAUGGCAAGUUGUUGCCUCCGGCGGAGGGAGAGUUCACGGGUCAGCAUCUGGCUGCGGGGUGUGCGGAUGGAUCGAUUGUGAUUCUGUCGACGGCGGAUAAUGAUCUCAAGUUCUUGCGGAUCAUGCGCCCGUCGACGAAGCGGUCGAGGGUGCUGAGUGUUACGUUCCAGAAUAGGAAUACCCUCGUUGCGGGCUAUGCGGAUAGUUCGAUUCGGCUCUACGAUAUCAGGAGUGGACAGCUCCUGCGCACGAUUUCCCUGGGUAAGGGUUUGGCAGGUGGAUCGAAGGAACUGCUGGUGUGGUCCGUCAAGUGUCUGCCUGAUGGGACCAUUGUCUCGGGUGACUCGGCUGGUGAAAUUCGCUUCUGGGAUGCCAAGAAUUAUGCCCUGAUUCAGCGCCUGCAGGGCCAUGUGGCGGAUACGUUGGAUAUUGCUGUGAGCGCGAAUGGAGAUACGGUGGUCAGUGGUGGUGCGGACCAGAGGACGGUCGUCUACCGGAAGAAGGACGGCGAGAAGGGUGAUAAGAAGGCCAGAUGGGCUGAGGUCAUGCAUCGCCGUUACCACACCCACGACGUGAAGACGUUCGCCGUGUACGAGACGAGGGAUAUCAGCAUCGUUGUGUCUGGAGGACCUGACGCUGCACCGGUCGUCCUGCCCCUGCGCGAAUUCGGAAAGGAGCACCACAGAAAGCUGGCUAGCUUGCCUCAAAUACCCCAGCUCGCCUCCUCUCCUUCGUCUCGCCUUGUGAUGAGUUUCUGGGAUAGGGAAGUGAGCAUCUGGCGUCUGCACCGUGGUCCUACGUCGCACGAGAACACCGAUGGCCAGCGUCAUCGGUUGGUUGGCAAGGUUCUGAUUCAGGGAGAAGAGAACAUCACAUCAGCCAUGCUCUCCGCGGACGGAAAGAUCCUCGUCGUUGCCACGAUAUCCACCAUCAAGCUGUUCUCCGUGCGGCGUCGCAAGGGCGACGAGAAGGGAACUCUGCGCAUACAAAAAUUGGACGUGCCGAAGGCUCUCGCGGAGGAUGGAGCCCGCGUGGUGGCCGUCGCUCCCAACGGUCAAUGGGUUUGCGUCGUCCGUCCCAACAGUGCCAUGUACCUGGCCAGAAUCAAGCCGGCUUCGACCGCGCAGGAGAAGCCCCAUAUCCUCUCCCAGCUUGUCAAGCUUAACCGGGCUACCCGCCACACUCGUUUUGAGAAGGCAUCCCAUGGUACCUUGGGCGACUAUGAGAGAACCGUCCGCUGUGUCGUGUUCUCCGACGACAGCAAGGUCCUGGCAUCCGGCGAUCUCUCCGGCUGUGUUGAUACAUGGUCGCUUCAGAAGGCAGAGGAUGCCCCCAAGAAGCACAACGGUGCUGCUGAAUCAGACGACGAAUCUUCCGACGACGAAGACCAACCAGUGAUCGAAGGUGAGCGCUGGCACCACGCCGCCGAGGAGUCUCCCAUUCCUCGUCUCAAGUCCGGUGUCGUCCUCCUGUCAUUCCGUCCUCCCAACCCAGCCAAGACCAACCUCCUCACGAACGGUGCCGCAAAGGACGAACACCGCUUGAUGGCCCUCACAAGCGAGCACCAGCUCGUCGAAUUCGACGCCGUCGAAGGCAAACUGUCCGACUGGUCCCGGAGAAACCCGAAGGCCUUCCUUCCCGCAGAGUUCCGUGGCGUCAAGGACCGCGCCAUGGGCUGCGUCUGGGACCUGUCGGCCGCCCGCGAACGCCUCUGGCUCUACGGCUCCUCCUGGCUAUGGAUGUUCGACCUGAACCAAGACUUCCCCUCUCCCGAAGAACUCGACGCCUCCGCAGACAACCACGAAGACCUCAACGCCUCCACACACUCCAAGAAGGCCAACCAAAAGCGCAAGCGCGACCCCUUCGAUGAGGACGACAACGGCCGCAAAAAGCCCAACAGCGGUGCCGGUGACCGCAUAUCCCUCGCGCAAUCCGACAUCUUCUUCGGCGCCAAGAUGCGCAAGAUCGUCGGCCCCGACGAAUCCCAAGCCGAAUGGAUCUCCCUCGACAAGGAACGUCCUCGGCCCGCCAACGGCGGCAACGACGACGACGAAGCCUACGACUACGACGAAGCAUACACCGCCACCAACGACGUCGCUCUCGCCCGCCUCCGUCGAGAAAGACAAUUCAUCGAAACCAGCACCCCCCUGAAACGCGUCUCCAUCGGUGGCAAACAGGAUAAACUCCUCUCCCUGACCCCCGGUCCUGACUUCGACACCCCCUCCCAGAAACAACUCGUCCACACCGGCGAUCAGAAAUCCCAAUCCCAUCCCCCCCACCGUCGCUGGUGGCACACCUACAAGUACCGUGAUAUCCUGGGUAUUGUUCCUCUCGGCUCGGACCCGGACGCCGACCCCGAGAAUCACUUCCUUGAGGUCGCCGUCGUCGAACGCCCCAUGUGGGAUGUCGAUUUGCCGGGUCGGUAUGUUCGGGACUACGCCUAGCCAAUGGAUUUCGUUUUCCGUUUACUAGGUUAAUAUAUCCGGUUUAUUUGUCCGUCUGUGUUUCUCAUCAAAUAGUCGACUUUCCUCUGUACAGAACGUCGUCUCCUUCUUCACCUACCCCAUAUCCCUUCCCCUUUUCCUAGAAUUAUUUCUUCUUUUGUCCCAUCUUAGGAUAUUCUUGGCGAGCAUGAUAGGUUCUUGAAUUAGAUAAAAGUUGUUUUGGAUUGCCCGCUUUUCUUUAAUUGAAUGAAUGGGUAGAUGGGUAGUUUUCUCCCUCUCUCUGCCCCUCAUAACCAGCCGUGUAUUCUGUAUUUUGUUCUGUUAUUGUAGAUGUAGAUACGUCGAUGAGGG